CCGUGACAUCAGGCGGCCAGAGGAGGCGGUAGACGCCGCUGCAGUGACAGUCGCUCCGCUGCUAACGCUACCAGUCGGGCUCAGAGAAAGAACCAGGAGGAAACAGGGGCCGCACAAUUAACAACAGUACAAACAAGGGGAGGCAACGAGCGAGGAAAACAAAGCAGGUUUUGUUCCAAGGAGCACCUGAAUUGCCUUUUGCUGUCUUGACAAAUCGGAAGAAACUAGACACAACACCGUUUGGAAGGUGGACAGUCCGCUGCCUGGUUGCUCGUGGUAACUCUCCACCAUGCCUUUCCCCUUUGGCAAGUCCCACAAGUCGCCGGCGGACAUCGUCAAAAACCUUAAGGACAGCAUGUCGGUGCUUGAGAAGCACGAUAUCUCUGAUAAAAAGGCAGAGAAGGCCACAGAGGAAGUGUCAAAGAGCCUGGUGGCCAUGAAGGAGAUCCUAUAUGGGACGAAUGAAAAGGAGCCCCAGACAGAGGCAGUGGCCCAGCUCGCGCAGGAGCUCUACAACAGCGGCUUACUGAGCACCCUGAUAGCAGACCUGCAGCUCAUCGACUUUGAGGGUAAAAAAGAUGUGGCUCAGAUCUUCAACAACAUCCUGAGGCGUCAGAUUGGCACUCGGACACCCACAGUAGAGUACCUUUGCACUCAGCAGAAUAUCCUCUUCAUGUUGCUUAAAGGGUAUGAGUCUCCAGAGAUUGCUCUAAACUGCGGUAUCAUGCUGAGGGAGUGCAUCAGACAUGAACCGCUGGCCAAAAUCACACUGUGCUCAGAACAGUUCUAUGACUUCUUCAGAUACGUGGAGAUGUCCACAUUCGACAUUGCCUCCGACGCAUUUGCCACUUUUAAAGACCUCCUCACAAGACACAAGCUACUGAGCGCAGAGUUUCUGGAGCAACAUUAUGACAAGUUCUUUAGUGAAUACGAGAAGUUACUCCACUCGGAAAACUACGUGACUAAAAGGCAGUCCCUGAAGGUAAGGACCCCGGUUAUUGGGGAGUUGCUGCUUGACCGGCACAAUUUCACCAUAAUGACGAAAUACAUCAGCAAACCAGAGAAUCUCAAGCUAAUGAUGAAUCUGCUACGGGACAAGAGUCGCAACAUCCAGUUUGAGGCUUUCCACGUUUUUAAGGUGUUUGUGGCCAACCCCAACAAGACACAGCCCAUCCUGGACAUCCUGCUGAAGAACCAGACCAAACUCAUCGAGUUUCUCAGCAAGUUCCAGAACGACAGAACAGAGGACGAACAGUUCAACGACGAAAAGACUUACCUGGUCAAGCAGAUCAGAGACCUCAAGAGGCCUGCACCCCAGGAGGCCUGAGAACAGGUGCAGAGGUGCAGGGAGGAGCCACCAGGACCAUAUCUGGACAACGUCUGCUUAACGGACCCAUCAGCAGCUGCUGUUCUGGUUUCUGAACAAAAAUGAGGAAACAAAUGAAAAACAAACAUGCCCAUUUCAGCUCAUCUGGAAGUCACCAGCUCCUCUGCUCCUCAGAACAUUUGAUUUUUUUUUUCUUUUUCAGUCUUUUUCCUUCAAAACAAAUAAGAGAAAAUAAUAGUUGCUGCUGCUUUCUUGCACAUUGAGACAUUUAAGGUAUAUUAUAUUGACAACAGUCCAUCACACAUAGCGACAGAAAAUGUCCGUGCAUUUAAAGAGAGGCAGACUUCCUGAUUGAAAAAGACACACACACACACACACACACACACACACACACACACACACACACACACACACACACACACACACACACACACACACACACACACACACACACACACACACACACCGAGCAACAAAAGUCGACACGUUUACACACACGUAUUACAUAAAAAACAAACAUGCACACACACGUGCUGCGAGAAUGUCAGCUAAAACCUUGUGAUGGAAAUGGUACGAGCAAGUUGAACAUUGGUGUGUUUGUUGCAUGCCUUGAAAUGUGACAGAUCCACGGCUGUACCCGGCGUCGGCUCUGUGAAGGCCUGCCCAGUUUGGCACCCGCGUUCAGUGCCGCCGACUCGGGAAUUCAUGUGCAUCACAGCAACCGCUACAGUUAGCAUCUAUGCCUUCAUCCAGCAAAGCAAACGGUGGUUCAUUUGACCGGGACAAGCUCUCAGACGCCAUCAAACAGAACCAUUUACCUCCUGUGUGCUUUGUUACGACACUGCACUUGAAGCACACGAAGAGAGGAGGGAGGGAUGCAAGGUAUGAAUUUGGUAAAGCCCGAGAAUUGGGUGUUUUUAUUGUUUUCUGGGACAGGGUGAACAUGUACAUAUGCCUUUUUUUUUUGUUUUGUUUUUUUGCUUUGUAGAUUUUUGUUUAACCUUGACAUAUGGAUAUAUAUUAUAUAUAUAUUACCUUAAACAUCACGUUUUUGGUUAAUUGUAAUCAAAUUACUUUCUAAACCAUGAAAAACAACUGGUUAAGUGACAUUGUUUUUGCGUUUCAUCUUACUGCUGAAAUGGUUGCUGGUGGGUUUCUUUGUACAUAACUUAAAGGGCCAGCUCACAUUUAGCUAACCUAUAGGAUAUUAACAAUUUGUACAGCGGAGGAAUGUCAUGGUAUUAGCUCUGGAUCUGUUAAUCCUCUUUUUAUUCUCCAUCUACAUUUUGAGUAUCUCAGACUGCUGAAAAUGUGCCGGGGUGUGAGCAGGGCAGAAAGGGAGGGAAGGGAAUGGCAGAGCAUUAACUGAAACAUUAAAGCCUGUGUGUUUGUGCACUUUGUGAGAUGCUGGGCUGUCGGCAUCACCUAACUGGACUUGAGGGCGCUGAGGAUUUCCCCAAUCCUUCUUUGGCGUGUUUUUGCCCCCCCGUUCUCACCAUUUGGCUCAUAGUGCUGUGUGGCCCCACAGUGAGUGUGCUUCAGGGGUGACCUCAUUAUAACAACUUGGCACAUCUUUAUAUCACUCUUACUUCCCUUCUUGUCCUCUGUGUUGUUGUUUUUUUUUUUUUUAAGCCUUUCUCUUCAGGGGGUUUUAUAAUUCCAGUACAAUGAUGAGUGUAAAGCAUUGUGGGUAGCAGAGUACUUUGGGCAUGCUGGAUUGUCCUCAUGGUGCUGAACAGAAUUGAUGAGACCACAGAUUUUCCUCAUUUGCAGUAAAUGAAAGUUGCUCCAUUUAGACGGCUAGAUCAGAAGCCAUUCGAGUGCAGACAACAGCGCUACUCAAUAGAGCCCACAGUUCCUCCAUGCGCAUUGAACAAGCAUGUUGCUCCACUGGCUGUGCAUGAUGCUGCACUUAAGAUGUUGUACUGGAAUUGUUUCUUUUUUCCAAGUAUUUAACAACAUUGAAAUAUCAAAUUGAACUCUUGGUGAUACGGCUGCACACUGACUCUGACUCCAGUUUCAGCAUAGAGCGUGUGGGUGCUUUCAGAAGUGUCAAAGGCCUGGGCCCUACAAUCGAAAUAAAGAAAAAAAAUACAUUUGGAAUAAAAUAAA